UGCAUCUUCCUUUCUGUCCGUUUCUAAAAUAUGUUUUAUUUUAUAUCACAUUUUUAUGCUCUGACUUUAUUGAGUACACGUCGUCACUUUUUCGUGCAUGCAACUUAUUCAGACACAACACGGGCACUUUUCUAAACUUGUUUGUUUUUUUUUAAAUAUAAACCGAAUUAGUCGAUCCGACAGAUACCGAGCGCCUCCGAAAGCGGACUCGUCGGUUUCAGCCGCCGGGUGACGUCAUGGCCCUGGGCUCGGCCCGCACCUGCGCCGUGGUGUGUCGCCGACAGAGUAGCGCAUGCGCGGUGUGGGCCCCCCGUCCUGCCUCUCCAGCGGUCUGAGGCGCUGCGGAGCCUGGUGGUUACUGGCGGUGGUUAUACAGUGGUUAUACAGCUAUAACUGGCUUCGGCGGAAAAUGGGGGAGAGAAGCUGAGUUUUAAAUGGAGGCGCUGUGUAUUCCGAGAGGGCCUGGGCCCGGAGCUUCUGUCGGCAUGGAAACAGGGUGGUGGAAAGUUCUGGAAGGGUCACGUGAUCCCUCCUCGUGGCGGGGAGGGGGGUGACGCUUUUGAAAAAAAUAACCCCGCGCGCCGGGGGCUCUCUCGCGACCGCGCUGUAACGGCCGGCGCGGCGGAGGCGACCGUGUCUCUUCAGCGCCGCCGCCGCCGCCGAGCAGCGAGUACCGGGGGGGGUGGAGUGCGAAACCGGCGAAGGGGGGAAAGUGGUGUCUUUUCCCCUCCCCCCUUCUCUUUCGGUCGCUCCGUCCGGCGACAGGCGGCCCGGGUCCGGGAGAGAACGCGCAGCCGGGGCACCACGUGAGGGGCGCCGGCCAAUGGGGGAGCGCGCUGCGCACAGGAGGGUAUAAAUACGGGGCAGCUGCUGCGGGAUCCCGGCAGCCAUAGAGGACCUCCGAAACACCCCCGGACCGCGGAGUGGCGACGCGCAACUUUUCACAAUUAAACCGCAACAGGCCGCCUCUUCGCGCAGAAUACCGGCGAGAGCCUGCGGGGACAUCUCCGGCACAGGGAGGCGUCCUGUCUCAGUGCUGCGGGUAUUUCACUCUGUGUCUCCACAGAGACGGAAAGAGCUGCUUGUAGAGGUCUCAAGCAGUUUCAUUCAGGUUCUGUGAAGAGUCUAAUGAGGCAGGUGCCCGAGUCAACUGAAACCGCAGACCCCUGAAACCAGCCCAUCCAUGUCCCACAUCUAAGACCUGCUUAAGGAAAAGGUGGAUCCUGAUGAUGCAAAGGAAUUAAAAUGCUGCCAAAGUGUGCUCUGUGCACUUGACCUUUUUAAACGAUACUAGCAGGUUUGGGAGAACAAGUGCAAAGACGUAUAAGUGACGACAAGAAGAUCGCAUUCUCGCCCGUCGGUGAAAACCCCGAGCCUUCAGGAUGUCGUUUGUUAAAGCAGAACCCCCGCCCGUGGUUAAGAACCCUCCUCCUCCCGAGUACAGAAACCCCAGGAAGCCUGGACGCCUCACCAACCAGCUCCAGUACCUGCAGAAAGUGGUGAUAAAGGCUCUGUGGAGGCACAGCUUCGCUUGGCCCUUCCAGGAGCCUGUAGAUGCUGUGAAGCUAAACCUUCCAGACUAUUAUACCAUCAUCAAGACACCCAUGGACCUGAGCACCAUAAAGAGGCGCCUUGAGAACAACUAUUACUGGAAAGCAAUGGAAUGUGUGGAGGACUUUAACACGAUGUUCACAAACUGCUAUGUUUAUAACAGGCCCGGAGAUGACAUUGUGUUGAUGGCACAGGCCUUGGAGAAGCUGUUUCUUCAGAAAGUAGCUCAGAUGCCUCAAGAAGAGGUUGAAAUUACACCAACAGUGAACAAAGAGGGUGGAAAAGGUCUAACCAAGCUGAAGUCGCGGUCUCCUGUAUCUGAGGUUGUAUUCCAGCAGACGGUGACGGUGAUUCCUCCGGAUGCCCUGCGUGCCAUCCCUUCUGCCCCUUUGAUGCCAGCACAGCUCUCAUCCAAAAUCAAAAAGGGGGUUAAAAGAAAAGCGGACACUACAACUCCAGCUGCGUCUGUUGUCACGAGCUGUGAGUCGUCGCCAACGCCUGCUGAGCCAAAGCCUUGCAAACUGGCUUCAAGAAGAGGAAGCGGUCGACCCAUCAAACCUCCAAAGAAAGACCUGCCCGAUUCUCAGCAGCAGCAUCAAGUUGGGAAGAAACCCAAACUGUCCGAGCAGCUCAAGUGCUGCAGUGUAAUUCUGAAGGAGAUGUUUGCAAAGAAGCACGCAGCCUAUGCUUGGCCUUUCUACAAACCUGUCGAUACAGAAACACUGGGACUGCAUGAUUAUCAUGACAUCAUAAAGCACCCAAUGGACCUUGGCACUAUCAAAAAAAAGAUGGAUGACAGAGUUUAUAAGGAUGCCCAAGAGUUUGCUUCAGAUUUUAGGUUAAUGUUCUUGAAUUGCUACAAAUAUAACCCUCCAGGCCACGAGGUUGUGGCAAUGGCAAGGAAACUUCAGGACGUGUUUGAGAUGCGGUUUGCCAAGAUCCCGGCCGGGGCUGCGGAGAGGGCGCCCCCCGCGCCCCCCGUGCCAGACGAGAGGGAGAGCUCCUCGGGCAGCGACAGCGACAGCGACGGCUCCUCGGACUCCGACAGCUCCUCGGACGCGGAAGAGGAGAGAGCCCAGCGCCUAGCUCAGCUGCAGGAGCAGCUGAAAGCUGUGCGAGACCAGCUGCAGUUACUGUCCCAGGCUCCCCUGCUGAAACCGAAGAAGAAGAAGAAAGAAAAAUCAAAGAAGGAGAAGAGGAAGAAAGAUAGAGACAGAAGAGAACUGUCAAGAAAAAAAGGUUAUGGGGACAAAAAGAAGCCAAAAUCGAAAGCCCAGAAGAUGUCCAGUAAGGGAUCUUUGGAAAGUAAGAAGAGCAAGGUGCCGGGCAUGCCCUGUGAUGCAGAGGAAGAGGAGCCAGCUCUCCCCAUGACCUACGAUGAGAAGAGGCAGCUGAGUCUGGACAUUAACAAGCUUCCUGGCGACAAGCUUGGAAAGGUCGUUAAUAUCAUUCAGUCGAGAGAACCCACGCUGAGAGACUCCAAUCCAGAGGAGAUUGAAAUAGAUUUUGAAACCUUAAAACCCUCGACGCUGAGAGCCCUCGAAAGAUACGUCAUGACCUGUCUGAGAAAGCGACCGCGCAAGCCGAACCAGAAAAAAUCCAGCAAGUCGCAAGAAGCGCUGCAGUCGGAGAAGAAGCAGGAGCUUGAGAAACGCCUGCAGCACGUGGGCGAGCGGCUGAACCCGGCGAAGAAGCCCAAGUCUCAAUGUGAGGAGGUGGCCCCCCCUAAGGGACUGCAGGGACCCUCUCAGCUGAGCGACAGCAGCAGCUCCUCGAGCUCUGACAGCAGUAGUAGUGAUUCUAGCACUUCUGAUAGCAGUGACUCUGAAUCAGAACAGAAAAAAAUGAAGCAAAGCAACACAGACAUCACUGAUGUCAAAAUUAUAAAAAAGGAGGUAAAUCAGAUGACCACUUCUUUGUGGAAUUCUGCUAUCAAGAGGCACACUGAACCUCAGACUAAAAGCAACUCGCAGCCCACAGUAACACAGUCGAAACAACCAGAGCUAAACACCUCCCAGCCUCUGGAGCACGAAGAAAUAACUGUAUCACCUCCAGCCUUACACACCAGACUGCCACCACAACCGUCAAGACCUAGUGCCAAAGCAACGCCCCUACCUCUUAAACACAGGGUGUCUUCACUGCAGGCAGACUCGCCCCCACAGCCGCCCGAGCCUGCCAGCGCGCUGCAGGAAGCAGUCAGACACCCCCAGAGCUCGCACUUGCCGUCUAGUGGCAGCGCGUUGUCGCAGGCGGCCCCAGACCCACACUCGCAUUUCAGUCCUCUGCCCCUGCUCCAGUCACCUCUGACCCAGCCAGAACCCACCCCUACGCCACUCCUCCAGUCUGUGCCCCUGCCUGGGCACUCGGGUUUUGCCCAUCUAACCAGUCCACCUCAGAAUCCUCCCACUAGGGCACAAGGUGAAGGGAUGUCUUCGCUCUUGUCCCCUUUGAGCUCCCCGCUGGGGCCACAGGGGCCACAGCAGCCUCCCAGCACGCCCUCGAAUCCUGCGUUAACAUGUAGAGCCGUGGAGGUGGGCAGAACGACUUCUCUUCUGCUGUUUCCUAACGCCGUUGGCAGAACGUUUCAACGCGCGGUAACAGUGGGGAAAGCGGUCUGGCAUGCAUGAAAUUCCUGGCUCUGUAAAGUUGUUUUUAAACUGCUUAACAAUAAUUCUUGAUCUCUUGAGUCAGUGGUUUCACAAGGUCCUACCGCGGUGCUCCCCAUAUCUUGUAGAGACAUGCGCUUCCAAGGCUCGUGUGGUAACAGGA